AUGGUGGCUGGGGGUGUAUGCGCGCUCAACAUCGUACCCGAGGAAACAUGGUUAAAUCACCAGCAGCGCUUGGCCCUCCUCUGCUUGAGCAUGACUAUCCAGUGUUCGAUAUCGAUCCCGAUCGCCACCUUCCUCCAUGGCGGCCGUGCAGCGCCUUCCCUCCCGCCCGCCGCCUCUCCUCAGCUGAGCCGCGGCAACCCCGGUACUUCGCGCGACGCGCCGGCGCCCAUCUGCCGCUACUGGAAGUCCGGACACUGCAGCCGGAAACCCUGCCGGUUCCUCCACGGCGAUCCGGCGGCGCCCGCCGCCCGCAAGAAGCGCAACAACACCUGGGUCAACACUUCCUCCCAAAUCCCCAGCCCAAGCCCCACAACCACCAAUGCCGCGGUUCCUUCGGUCCCGCCGCCGCCGACGACGAAUCGCCACGCGGAGCAGGGCCGGCAGGUGCCGCCGCCUCCGAAGCGCCACGCGGAGCAGGAAGAGCAGGCGCCGCCGCCUCCGAAGCGCGGCUGCCGCGCCCAAGAACAAGAAGAAGAACCCGGUGGCGGCGGCGGCGCGUGGUGCGCUGGCGAGGGCAUCCGCGGCGUGGCGCGGCUCGAGGGCCACGCCAAGGCGAUCACCGGCGUCGCGGUGCCGGAAGGGUCGGGCACGCUGUUCUCCGGCAGCCUGGACGGCACGGUGCGCGCCUGGGACUGCGGCACCGGGAAGUGCGUUCACGUCGCGCCGGCCCACGAAGACGAGGUGGGCCGCCUGAUCGCCAUGGGCCCGUGGGUGCUCGUCGGGGUGCGCGGCGCCGUAAAGGCGCUCCACACGGGGAGCGGCAAGGAACUCCAGCUGCGGCUGCCCGCCGGCGUACAGAUUACUACCCUGCUCGCCGAGGAUGACGAGCGCCUCUUCGCCGGCGCGGAGGACGGCGCCAUCUACAUUUGGAGGCUAGACCGAGAACACCAGCGCUUCGACGAGGUUGCCGCGCUCACCGGCCACGAGGGGCACGCCGUCGCGUCGCUCGCGCAGGGGAAGGGCGCGCUCUACUCCGGCUCGGCGGACGGCGGCAUCAAGGUCUGGGACCUCGAGACCCGCCGGUGCAUCCUCAGCUUCGCCGGCCACGUGUCCAGGAUCACCGCGCUGCUGUGCUGGGACCGGUUCCUGCUCUCCUCGUCCGACGACGGCACCGUGAAGGUCUGGAGAUCGAAGCCAGAUCACGGCGACGACGACCUCGAGCUCGAGGUGCACUACACUCACAAGGAAGAAGGCCAGCGAGUGGUCAGCAUGGAUGGGACGCACGACGCCAACAAGAAGCCCGUGCUGCUCGUCGCGCGCGGUGAUGGCGUUGUCCGUGUCUACGACCUCCCAUCAUUCAAGAGAAGAGGGCAGAUUCGCUGCGAUGGCGAGGUCACGGCAAUGUCGCUCAGGACACCCGGCAUGGUCUUCACCGGAAACGAGUCCGGCGAGAUCAGAGUGGCUAAGUGGGCGCCUGCUGGCGGUGCAGCAGCUGAAGCACAAGCUUGA